CAUGCGAUUGUCUACCUAAUUUUGAUGCAAUGUUUAGGUGAGUCGUUGUUCGAUAUUUAACGUGAAUAGACGAGACCUUUUACAACAUGAAUCGGUGUAUCUGGGCGAUUCUGCUCAUUCCAUUUGUCUUUGCUGCCGAUAAAGCCUACUACACGAAGCUGCGGCUAAGUCCACAAGAGAACCACAAAUGUUUGUUACUGGAACAUAACAAUCUUCGCAUCUUUAAAGGAUUUGAGACUCGUGACGCAAAUGAACUGAAAAUUAUUACCAAAUCCGCUGUAUCAUUUCCAGCAGAUAUGCAGUUAUCUUCUGCUGACGAUUCGAAAAUUAUUGAGAUUUUCGCAAAAACGUUGUUCGUCGCCGAUGCAUAUUUAGAUACGAUUUGUAGGAGAAGAGAAAGUUUACAGACGCCCUCCUUCGAAAGACAAGUGACUACCGAUGCGAUUGAGAUCGAAAAAAUUGUCGACGGAGGCGAUCAGGGCAACAGAAUCGAUGUUGUUUUUAUGGGAGAUGGAUACACUGCUGCAGAGCAGGAUCAGUUCUUUGACGAUAUUCGUCGACUUACCAAUGAUAUGUUCAAUGGUGAAACGUUUCGAUCCUAUCUGCCCUUAUUCAACAUCUGGGCAGUGUUUGUGGAAAGUGAAGACAGUGGAAUAGGGUACAAUGGUGCAAUAAACACUCCGUUCAGAUUAUACAGAUCAGCGGGACAGUUGAGAGGAAUAUAUACAGGAAACGCUCAAUAUGCGAGAGAAGUUUGCCAAUUAACUGGACCCGGUGGUUGCGACUAUCCAUCACUAAUUGCUAACGAUGACUAUUACGGUGGUCUGGGAGGUGAGUUCGUUAUUUCAACGAAAUCUAACCGAACGGGAACGGUUGUACUGCGACAUGAAAUGGGACAUAAUUUCGUAAAUGUUGGGGAGGAAUACGAUAACGGAUCGGCCUACAGAGGCGUCAAUUCGGCUCCUAAUCUGACUGUUGCGACUACCAAAUGGGGACACUGGCUAAGUCACGAAAAUAUUCGAAUCGAAAGAGCGAUUUAUAGGCUGUUGGUUUAUCCAUGGGCAGAUCUUGCUAAUGGCAUGCAGAGCUUCACGUUCACUUCGGAUGGAAACUACUCGAGAUGGUAUCUACAUGUGUCGGUUAGUGCGGCUGGAGAGGCAGACUCUCUUGAAUUUGUUCUCGAUGGUGAAGUUCUUCCAUGGCAAUCUCGUGGCUUCGACGACAGAGAAUUUUACGGUUGGUACGGUUACGAAGGGUUUUCUGAAGGCAAUCAUACCUUUUCCGUUCGCUCUCUGACAACUCCAACCAACGAGGACAUUCCACGAAUGAUUUGCUCUGUAACUCUUCACGAAUUCGGCAACGAGGAGGAAUUCCACAUGGACAACGAUAUUGUGUCCGCAUAUCCGACUUGGGAUGUCAGCCGAAGAAUUACCUAUCGUCCUACCAAUGCCGGUUGUCUGAUGAGAAAUAUGACCCAUACCGAGUUCUGUACGGUUUGUAAGGAGGGAAUGUGGUACCAAUUUUUGCAGAGAAUUUCUCUUAUUGACGACGUCACCGUUAGCAAAACUCCCAAUGAAAACAAAACGAAACGAGUGGAGGUUAACACGCUGAAGCUGGGACAGUUGAGAGCACCAGAUAAUGAAGUUGAGGACGAAAGUUUGGAAGUUAGAUGGUUUCAUGGAGGUCAGGAGAGACCGGAAUUUAACGAUCAGUUUGUAAUCGACGCAGAAGUUGGCCUUUGGUCUGUGGCUGUGCGAUUAAUUACGCCAGAAGUAAGACAUGAUCCCAAUGGUCUGUUGCGGGACUCCGAAAAUUUCACAAUAACAUUCCCAGUCAAUUCAACGAUGCCAAUCUAUCCAUCGGACUUUUAAAAUGUUUUCCGUUUGAGUUUGAAAAUAAAAAUCAGAUCAAAAACA